AUAGAUAAGAGGAGGUAACUCAAAUUACAUUCAUAGUAGUACAGUAACAAGAUACCAUCCACCCCGAAUGUAAUCUGGCUGAAAAAGGGAACGCUUUUAUUGUCAAAAUGGUAACAAAUGGAGACAAACCCGACGAAUAUCCAUAUAAAUAUGAAGUUGUCGCUGAAUACGAAAAAGGAAAUAUUGCCGCAGAUGGGCAUGUCGAAGUUCGUAUAAGUCAAGUGGACAUGUUACCGGCAAGGAGGACAUUCCUUUAUAUCGCCGCAUUUACAGGAAAUCUAGCCACAUUCGCUGCAGGCAUAACCCUAGGAUGGACUUCUCCAGUAAUACCAAAACUACAGAACAUCACUCUUAGUCCUUUACCAGAAGAAAUUUCUGAAAGCGACGCUGGUUGGAUCGGAUCACUUUUACCAUUAGGUGCGGUCUUGGGUCCGUUCCUUGCUGGAGCGGCAGCUGAUAGAAUUGGAAGAAAAAAAACAUUGCUAAUUGGAAAUGUACCUCUUGUCCUUGGAUUGAUUUUAAAUAUCAUAGCCAAAAAUGUCAAUUAUUUAUUGGUGUCUAGAUUUAUUUGUGGUGUUUCUGUUGGAACAACAUUUACGGUAUUGCCAAUGUAUGUUGGAGAAAUUGCAGAAGAUGAAGUUAGAGGUGCUUUAGGCACACUUAUGCAGCUUUUUGCGGUAAUGGGAUUACUAUUUUCUUACAUGAUCGGCCCCUACCUUUCAGUAACCCUAUUCAACGUUUCUUGCCUGGCAAUUCCUAUAUUUUUCCUUGUAACUUUCUUCAUGUUUAUUCCCGAAAGCCCUUAUUUCCUGCUUCAAAUAGGCCAAGAUAAGAACGCAGAAGCUGCUUUAAUGAAAUUAAGAAGCAGGACUUCACCCAAUCAAGUUCGCACAGAAUUGCAGUCGAUGAAAAGUGCAGUGAAUGAUGCCCUGGCCAACAAAAGCACGUUUUUUGAUAUAUUUAAAUCCAAGGGUCUGACUAAAGCGUUUGUGCUUUCAAAUGGUCUAUUGAUAUUUCAACAAGUUUCUGGUAUAAAUAUAGUGUUGUUUUUUGCACAGAAUAUUUUCCAGGAUGCUGGAGUGUCUUUGCAACCCGAAAUAUGCACAAUCAUCGUUGGUAUAGUCCAAGUAAUAUCAAGUGGCCUAACUUCAAUUUUGGUUGAUAGCCAAGGCAAACGUUUACUACUCAUGAUCUCAGCAGUGGGUAUGGCCGUUGCUCAAGGAGCUCUAGCUUACUUUUUCCAUCUCAAAGACGACAACCACGAAGAUGUUUCGUCGAUGUCAUGGUUGCCAAUUCUCUGCCUGAUCAGCUACAUAAUUGCUUAUUGCUUAGGAUUUGGACCUAUUCCAUGGGCUGUGAUGGGAGAAAUGUUCCCUGCCAAUGUGAAAUCUGUCGCCUCCACGGUUACUUCAGCUACUUGUUGGUUUUUCGGAUUUAUCCUUACGAAAUAUUUCUCUUUAGUUACAAGUAUCAUAGGAAAAUCUGGUAGUUUUGGAUUGUUUGGAGGUUGUUGCGUGGUAGGGCUACUUUUUGUUUAUAAAUUUUUACCUGAAACGACGGGAAAGAGCUUGCAAGAAAUUCAGGAUAUAUUAAAUGGUGAAAAUUCAAAUCAGGAGAAGGAAAAAAAUUGAAAUAGGUACAUUGCCAAACUAAUUUAGGAAUUUUAGUUAGAAGGUCAUUCCGCAAAAUGUCCGGCGGAAAUUAGAAAAUGUAUGUCCCCAAAAAAAUGGAAUUCAAAAAAUAUAUGAAUAUAAUUCAGGUAACUUAUAUGUAUUAUUAUAAGACUACUAAUAUUUAUUGUUAUUUGGUCAUACCGCCACCACCCUGCCAUGUUUCAAUAUAAAAUAUUUUUCGUAAGUAA